AUGUCCUCCACCGACGCUACCAACCAGCCCGCCACCGCUGGUGAGACUGCCAACCUUGUCAAGGAUGACGUUACCGGCGAGAUGGUCUCCAAGUCCGAGCUCAAGCGACGAAUGAAGCAGCGAGAGAAGCAAGCUAAGAAGGCUACCAAGGCAGCUCAAGCCCCUGCUCCGGCCGCGGCCAGCGCUGCUGCAAAGUCUGCCGCUGCUUCCGAAGAAGAUCUCAACCCUAACCAGUACUACGAGCGUCGAUUCCGAACCAUCGCAGGCCUUCGCGAGACCAAGAACCCGGACCCCUACCCGCACAAGUUCCACGUUUCCAUCUCUCUCUCCGAGUUCAUCGGCAAGUACGAAGGCAAGCUUGAGGCAGGUCAGCAUCUUGACAAUGAGGAGGUUAGCAUUGCUGGCCGUUUGCACAACAUGCGUUCGGCUGGUCAGAAGUUGCGAUUCUACGACUUGCACGGUGAAGGUGUCAAGGUUCAGAUCACUGCUCAGCUUCAGGACCACACCGAUGGUGAUUUCCAUGCUAUCCACGACCUGCUUCGUCGUGGCGACAUUGUUGGUGUUACCGGUGUUCCGGGUAAGACUAAGAAAGGUGAACUUUCCAUCUUCCCUCGUUCCAUCAAGUUGCUUUCGCCCAACUUGAAGAUGUUGCCCAAGGCUUCCCAGGGAGAGAAGGGUGGAUUCACCGAUACCGAACAACGUCAUCGUAAGCGAUAUCUCGAUUUGAUCGUCAACAACCACGUUCGUGAUAUUUUCGUCAAGCGAGCCAAGAUCAUCAACUACGUUCGUCGUUUCUUGGACAACCUUGGAUUCUUGGAGGUAGAGACUCCGAUGAUGAACCAGAUCGCCGGUGGUGCUACCGCCAAGCCUUUUGUCACUUAUCACAACGAUCUCAAGCUUGAUCUCUUCAUGCGUAUUGCUCCCGAGCUUUUCUUGAAGGAGUUGGUCGUAGGUGGUUUGGAUCGAGUCUACGAAAUUGGACGUGUCUUCAGGAACGAAUCGAUCGAUCAGACUCACAACCCCGAGUUUUCGAUCUGCGAGUUCUACAUGGCUUACGCCGACAUGUACGAUCUCAUGGAUAUCACCGAGUCGAUGAUCAGCGGUCUUGUUAAGGCUGUUACCGGUUCGUACAAGAUCAAGUACCAUCCUGAUGGCAAAGAUGUGCAAGGUGGAAGAGAGUACGAGAUCGAUUUCUCCACUCCUUGGAAGCGAUUCGACAUGAUCAAAGAACUCGAGAAGCAGAUGAACGUUACUUUCCCUCCCGCCGACCAGCUUCACACCGAAGAGACGCGCCAAUGGCUCUCGGACCUUGCUGCUAAACACAACGUCGACUGCUCCGAACCUCGCACUUGCUCUCGACUUAUCGACAAGAUGACCGGCGAGUUCAUCGAGACUCAGUGCAUCAACCCUUCCUUCAUCGUUGGUCACCCGCAGGUCAUGUCGCCUUUGGCUAAACGUCAUCGUGACAUUCCGGGUCUUUGCGAGCGAUUCGAAGUGUUUGUUGCCACCAAGGAGAUCUGCAACGCAUACACCGAGUUGAACGAUCCAUGGGUUCAGCGUGCCAACUUUGAAGAACAGAGCCGACAGAAGGAUCAGGGUGAUGACGAGGCUCAGGGAAUUGACCAUGUCUUUAUCGAUGCCUUGGAGCACGGUCUGCCACCUACCGGUGGUUGGGGUCUGGGUAUCGACAGAUUGGUCAUGUUCUUGACCGACUCAAACUCGAUCAAGGAGGUAUUGGCUUUCCCGGCUAACAAGCCUUUGCCAACUGAUAACAAGGCUCAGUCUGUGCCUUCGAUUGAGGCUGCUGAUGGUGAAGCUGCUGCCGGUGAGGCUAAGGCCUAA